AUGGCAGCUGCUUCCUCCAUCGCUAGCCAUCUAAAGUCAAGCUUCACUUCACCUAUUUCAAGUGCAUUGGUCUCACCCAAGGGUCUCUUUGCCUCCCCCCUUAGAGUCUGGCCUUCUACGAGGCAAUCUUCCUUCACCAUCAGAGCCGUCCAAUCUGAAAAGUUUUUGCAGCCAACUUUCCAAGUGAUUCAGCCCAUCAAUGGUGACCCAUUUAUUGGGAGCCUAGAAACCCCAAUCACUUCAAGCCCAUUGAUCGCUUGGUACCUCUCCAACCUCCCAGCUUACAGGACAGCAGUGAGCCCACUUCUGAGGGGAAUUGAGGUAUGUCUGGCCCAUGGAUUCCUCCUUGUAGGACCAUUUGUUAAGGGUGGACCUUGGAGGAACACCCCCGUCGCUGGGGGAGCAGGAAGCCUGGCAGCUGCCGGUCUUGUGGUUAUAGUAACCAUUUGCUUGACAAUGUAUGGCGUUGCAUCGUUUAAGGAAGGAGAGCCAUCCACCGCACCUUCUUUAACCUUGACUGGGAGGAAGAAGGAGCCAGACCAGCUGCAAACAGCAGAUGGAUGGGCUAGUUUCACUGGAGGAUUCUUCUUUGGAGGAAUUUCUGGUGUCACGUGGGCCUACUUCCUCCUUUACAUCCUAAACCUUCCUUACUUCUUCAAGUAA